AUGCCGCACAACUUCCAACCCGGGGACCUGGUCUUUGCUAAAAUGAAGGGCUACCCCCAUUGGCCAGCCAGGAUUGAAGAUGUGGCAGAAGGUGCAGUGAAGCCGCCACCUAAUAAAAUUCCAAUCUUCUUCUUUGGGACUCAUGAAACUGCAUUUUUGGCUGCCAAGGACCUUUUUGCCUAUGAAAAGUACAACGAUCGCUAUGGAAAGCCCAACAAAAGGAAAGGCUUCAAUGAAGGCUUAUGGGAGAUCCAGAACAAUCCACAUGCCUCCUACAGUGCUCCACCAUUGCCCGCUAGCUCGUCCGAAAGUGAAGGUGGCAACGCUAGUGGAGGAAGUGAAGAUGAAGAAGCUCCCGUGCCCAGGAAAGCAGAAUCCGCAAGUGAAGUUGACUCUGAUUCUGCCAGUGAAGACAGAGGGGGAGGAGUAAAGAGGAAGCCGCCAGCUACUAAGCGUCCGCCUCCCUCGAAAAAGACUCGUCACUCGUCCAGCGACAAAGAUGAGGAAAGCGGAUCCCCGUCAGGGUCAGAAGCCACCCCUUCAGACUCCGAUUCUGGCAAGAACAGCGACCAGGAUUUUACUCCAGAGAAGAAAGGAGCUGGUCGAGGUGGAAAGAAAACUGCAGCAGCAGGCAGAGGGAAGAAAAAGAAAGAUUCUUCCAACUCUGAUUCAAACUCAGAAUCCGGUUCCGAGAAAAAAGCAGCCGACAGCGACUCUGAGGAUGAAAAGCCUCGUCCAGCCGUGUCCGGUUCCGAGUCGCAAUCUGGUUCAAAGUCCGACUCUGAAUCUGACCCGCCUCCCCGGAAGGCUCCUCCGGCACGCAAAAAAGCUGCGGAGAAAAAAUCCACGCCGAAGCCUCGCGCUCGGAAACCCAAAGCUCCUCCUCCAAAACGAGCGCCUUCAUCGUCGUCAUCAGACAGUGACAGUGACAGCGAGCCCGACCGCAUCAGUGAGUGGAAGAAACGAGACGAGGAGCGACGGAGAGAGCUAGAAGAGCGGCGGAAAAAGGAGGAGGCAGAGGAGAUUCGGCGGCUGCGGGAGCGUGAAAAGGAGGAAGAUGAGAAGCGGAAAAGAGAGAAGGAGUUGAAAAAGGACAGUGACAGCAGCAGUUCAGAUGAAGGUGUCGAUGAGCACCCGCUGAAAAGGUCCAAGAAGCCGCCUCCGCCCCCGAUCCCAGCGCCAUCUGACUCGGAUUCUGCAUCACCUGCUGAGGUGAAGAAACCAGCCAAGAAGUCAGACAACCAAAACAAAAGUCGACUAAAUAAGGCAAAGGAGAGAAAGGAGAAAAAACUCCAGGAGAGGAAAGCCAAACGGUCUGAAGAAAGAUCCAGAGCCAGGUCUAAGCCUGAAAAACCUAAGCACAAACCUGAGAGGCUUCCACAAAAGAAUGUAGAAAAGAAAAAAGAACCCUCACCAGACAAAAAACUUCAGAAACUUCACACAGACAUCAAGUUUGCCCUCAAAGUGGACAACCCAGACAUUGAGCGGUGUCUACAAGCCUUGGAAGAGCUGGAAGCUGUACCUGUCACCAGUCAGAUCCUUCACAAGAAUGCCGACGUCAUCGCCACGCUUAAAAAGAUUCGGCGGUAUAAAGCCAGCGCUGCCGUCAUGGAGAAGGCCAGCGAGGUGUAUAACAAAUUAAAACUUCGUUUUGUGGGCAAAGCAGAAAUGGCAGUGAAACCCAAAUCAGACAAAGAAGGAGAAGACAAUGAGAAGGAGACACAAGACACAGACUCAACUGCUGUAAACGGAGACACACAAGAGAAAAAAGAUGAAGACAGAGGUGAAAAAAUGGCCGAAGCUGACGGCAACAAUGAGAAUGAUUCAAGUCCAUUCAGGCGAAGCCCGGACAGCCCCGAGCAGACGGAUGAUUACGCUCAAGCAAACAACAACAACAUUUCUGCGGACAUGGAGGCAUCCUCUGCUGAAAGUUAA